AGGUUCGUCAACAAGGAUUUAUGCCCUCAUCUUCUUCGUAAUUUCGUUUUCCAAUGCGAUUAUAACUUUGUUUUGUGGAAAUUAUAUAUGCCUCAGAUAUUAGUUAUUAAUCUUGUUUGUUUGUGUUUUCACUUUUAUGUGCAAUGAAUAGUGACUUCUCUCAUCACAAUCUGAAAUGAUAAUACUAGUGCUACAUUGAGCUGAACAUUAUGAGGAUAGGUUCAAAUUUCCCAAACCAAACUGCUGAGUUUCUUCAUGCAAAUAGUGAUGGUGUUUGCAGUCUAGAAUCCAAUUCCUUGACAUCAGAUGGCAUCCGAUAAAGGCAAAGCUAUAGUGGUUAUGGGAGUGAGUGGUGCUGGAAAAUCAACUAUUGGGGCGAUGCUGGCACAAGUGAUGAAUGCCCGUUUUCUUGAUGCUGAUGACUACCACCCACAGUCGAACAAAGACAAGAUGAAGGGCGGGAUCCCUCUUUCAGACGAAGAUCGCAUCCCAUGGCUUGAAACUCUACGCGAUGCCUUAAGAGUAAGCUUGGAAAAUGGGGAAACUGCCAUUCUUGGAUGUUCAGCUCUGAAGAAGCACUACAGAGAAAUUCUUCGAUGUGCAGAUGCAGAGUAUGUAGGUGGAGCAGCUUCAUGUGGUGUGAGGUUUGUAUUAUUGAGUGUGGAUGCAGAGGUUCUUGCUGCUCGAUUGGAGAAGAGAGAAGCACAUUUCAUGCCGCCCACGCUCUUGACAUCGCAACUGGAUUUGCUACACAUAGAUGAGUCAGAAGGAAUACUCAAAGUUGACGCUUCACUCCAUCCUCACCAAACUUUGAAAGCCAUACAAGCUUUGCUUCUUCAUCAAUCAUAAGUAUCUGCUAUUUUCUUCAACUUCAACUAUAUACAUUUCUCUCCUCUCAUUACUAUCUUUUAUAAAUUGCCCAACCUUCUCGAGGCA